UCAUGAAGUUGAAAUGUCCCCACCGGUCUUUCGUACAUUUUUGUAUACUUUUGACAACAAAAUUUUCUGUCGAUGUUUGGCAUGUGGCUGCUUGAAUCACUUGACAUCGUUUUAACAUAUCUAUUAUCGUAUUCAUAAAUAUUAACUGAUAAAAGAAAAUUGGAGGUGUUCUGCAUAAGGGAUUACUUGCAGAUCGGUUUGUGCUACAAACUUGUUUAUACACACCGGCGGUAUUGUCUUAUCUGAUAAUGAAUGUACAUGUAAUCAUCGUUGAAAAUGUAUAAUAGCUUUAAAAGAUAGAUCAUAAAAGAAUAUUAAAAUAUGUGUUUGGGAAAACAUUUUUGAAAGAUUGAUUAGAUAGCAUUUCUUUAAUUCAGAUUUUAUACCGACUAACAAUAACAUACAAUUGGACGUUGUAGCGAUUUCCUAAUUUGAUUAAAUAUGCCUUUAUGUCACAAAAUACAUUCAGGUCUUAAAUUCCCCCAUGCCGAUAGCUCACAAGGCGUUCUGUUGUUGUCUUUUUUCUGUUUGUCUUUUGAAAACUUCAGUAUUAGUUAUAACCUUUUGGACUGUGUAUUUGACAUGUUAAUUUAUUGUCAGAUAUUUUUCUAGAUGGACUGCAAUAUGUUUACACAAACAAUUAGAUAAUAAAGUCGAAUUAAGCAUUCAAUGCUUGUUAUUAACAAGCUGAGGUAUUUCUAUAAUGAUACUAACAAAUCAGUUACUACCAUAUGCAUUUAUUUAUCCCAAUCCGCAGACCAAUGUGUAUCAUCUCUUUGUGAAUACUUACAGACUGCUAUCACAUACGUUCAAAUCAAUAUUCGAUGCUUAUUUUGUACGAAUGUUAAACUUUAAAUACAUGGUUCAAAUCAGUUUUAUAUUGCGUGCUUGUUUUCUCAGGCGAUUAAAUUUGAAUUAAUUUUUAGCAAAUAUAACGCAUUUUCUAACAAAGGAAAAGUAGUAUCGGGAUGUUUGUUUGUUCUACUGAUAUUUUAGACAAAUACUUCGAAAUAUCUUUGAUUGUUUUGUAUUUUAUUGUAGUUGUUGUUGUUUUUGCUUUGUUCUCAUCUGCUUCUCUUUUUUCAAACCUUUUGAUCGGUUCAGUAUUACACACAGCAAUAGAAAUACAUUUGCCAUUUUCUUUUUUUUAAACCGAAAACAAAAUAAAAUUUAAACUUUUAUACUUUAUCAGUAGUUACACAUUCUUUAGUUGUUACAAUAAAACCGUCCACUUUUUGUUAUCUACAAUAGAUAAAUGCUAUCUUAAGUAAUAAACAUAUAAUAUGUAAAAUAUUAAAUCUAACAUCAAAACUUAAUUCGUGAAUUGAUUUUUCUCAUAAUUACAUUCCCGCAUUUCACAACAAAAAAUAUAUAGACCCAGGGUCUUAGUGUAUUAAAUAAGUUUACCUCCUGUCGGGAAAAGGGGUCCACGUUAAAAUAUAUAGGCUUCCAAGAGAGGUAUAUACAUUAUGUUUCGUUUAUAUAUUGUGAAGGUACUUGAGAGCGUUAGAAAUUUAUAUGUAAAUAAUGAUCAAAUUUGUAUAUUUUUGUACUUCUUGUACCCUCCUUCUCUCAGUAUUAGGAAUAACAGCUAAAUCUUCCUGGAUCGUUAAGCACCAUCAUUGGAAAGAUUAAGAGUGGAACAUGUCAUAUAUCGUACAUUGAUUCUUGUUUUCUAAGUGUCUUAUUAAUGUGUUAUUGCAGUUAUUGAAUUGUUAUAAUAUUCCAAUGUUACAAGUGUAUAUUUGUUAAGAUAAAAGUACCAAUGUAUUUGCACUAUGCAUUGAUAUCAAUGACAUAUCACGUAAGUAGAAAGUUAUAUAUAAAACCUCUAACCUUCAACUUCAAAUUGAUUUUGAAUGGUUUUGUUGCAUUUUAUCUUUGUUAUCUUUUUGCAUAUGGCAACAUGAGGAUUUUAUUUAUUCCGAUACUGAACAGUUAUGGAAUUUAUUGAUUAACAUUGAUUGAAAUUGUAUUAUUUUUAACACCUUUGUGUCGAUGAUAAGAAAGAACAGCGCAUUUCUUCCUGGAUUGUAAAGCUUAAUCAUUGGUAGGGAUUAAGAGUGUAUUUUUUCGUAUAUGGAAAUGUUUUAUAAACUUGGAAAUUAUGCAAUAUUGACCCAUAUAAACACAAUUAUCCAAAUGGUAAUAUUAAUGAAACCCAACCAAAUGAUAAAAAAGUGUGAUAAGAAAUAAGAAUAUUCAAUCAAGCAGUAUAAAAGAUUGUGACUCUGGAACUUUUUUUAAACUCGCUUAAGGUUAGGCUUGGCACUGAUUUAUGCACAUAACAAUUAAGGCUACUAAAAUCUAUUUAGCUUUGAUAGAAUUAUUCAAAAAUUUGGAUCGGCAUGAAUAAAUGUGGGUGUAUUUAUAUUAUAAGUUUAAUAGUGGCAGUGUUUGUGUUAUAUCAACAAGUGACGCAUACUCUUGCUUCUGAUGAAUCAUGUACCUGGAGUUUAUGGUCGCCAUGGAAUUGCUCAUGUUGUGUAAGUUAUAGCCAUAUACCAACAAAAAGAGUUCGCAUGAAAUGUUGUUCCAAUACCACAGAAUGUCCUAAACUUCGAAUUUCAGCGGAACCUAUUGUCUACACCGAUGAUGACCAUGAGAUUCGCAACGAAUGUGAAAAAGAUAUUUGUAAAGACAAAACUAAAUCAUACUACAAAAACUGUCCUCAUGAACCUCCUGAAAAAAACAUUUUGUCGUGUCAACGCAUAUGUACAGGUUUUGUGUCGAAGAUACCAUUGACCACGCCGUCGGUGACUUACCAAUCUGAAUACACCUCUACUCCCAGAUUACAAUUACAAAAUAACAACACUAACACAUCUAAGAACACUAGUGAUGGAGGGGCAAAUUCUUCAAGUUUGUGUUUGUUACCAGGAGUUAUCAUUCUUGGACUAUUUAUUCAGACGGCUGUAACAAUAGUAAUGGUGUUUUAGUGCGUAACUGUUUAAAACGCUUUAUUAGGACGCAUGCAAUUUGUAAAAUCGGUUAAAAAAUGUUAUGUUUGUAUAGUUAUCAUAUUAUAUCAUAAAAAGGGACAUUGAUUGAACAGUAAUGUUUUCAUAUUUCUAACGAAGCAGUCGCGCAUGCAGACACUUAUUUACGUUACUAUAAGUAACAUAUAAAAAUUGGAAAGGGGCGUUUUAAUCUGCUUUUCUCUUAUUUUACAUUCAAGUUCAUUUAAUAAAAUAAUGUCUUACAAUUAAAACUGAAGCUUUGACAAUAUUAAUUGUUCAAAUGUUAAAUCUAAUAUUUGUUGGGUUUUUUUAAAACUAAAUUGAGUGUCAUUUGUAGCUUUUAAACAAUUAAAGAAUGAAAUAUCUUUGCAGACAUAUUUGCAAACAAAAAUUAUGUUUCGUAUUUUAUUAACAAAGUUUAAGAUUAGGUAGAUGCAAUUAGUUAUUAAAAACGUACGAAAGCUAGUAUGUGACAUUUUAAGAAAAAAAAGUAUAAAAAAGUAAGCAAGGGUGAGUGAGUUUGUUAGGAUACAGGUGUGGAUGUAUGUACGUUUACGAGUGUUUAGGCCUGCAUGCGAAUGGUCUUUUGCUCUGUAUGUACGUUAAAUGGGUGUUCAGAUCUGCAAUGUUACAAACAUAAGCCUUGAAAGUGUGUGUAAAAUGACAACUUCUAGAAAUAUGUAAUAAAGUUAAGUAAGUAUUUAAAUAUAUAAAUGUAUGAUAACUAGAACAUAUAUAUGUCUAUGUAUAUUUUCAUCAAUAAAGAUUCAAUUUUGUUUAUCGGAAAACUUUAAGAUUAUCAUUUGAACGGUUUUGUUAAACAAAUUUAGUAAUAAUUAUACUGUAAUUUCCGAGAUAGAGCAUAAAAUAUUCCCAAUUUUAUAUUUACAUGACAUUGUAUGAAUUUGUGCCCUUAUCUCUAGAAACAUGUGUUAUCUCGCAAAUACUUUCUCAUGAAGAUUUUUUUUAAACUUAUUAAUCUAUCACAGACAUAAAUAUUUUACUCGGUAUUUUUUCUAAAAGUUUUGGUUAAUGAAUUUACUCUAUUUAAGUUUUAUAACAAUCAAAUGUACACACAUCAGCAAAAUUGUAAUUUUCAUAAUCAAUUUAGAUACAAUUUGUAUUUUACUUCUGAUGAUGUUCAUUCAUUUCAUGUCUCUAAACACAGCAUAUUAAUUAUUUUAGAAAUGUGUAGUGCUUUAUAUCUCCUGCCUGUAGUUUACAAAGUCAUAAGAGUCACAAUUUCGAGAAUCGCCCUUAAGAUCAUACAAUCAACAUCAUUUUCGAUUUUUAUUGACUGUAUGCAUAUAUUUCAUUACAUAUACCUUAAAUACACUUGAAGGAAUGUGCAUAUACAAACAUGUAACUGUGCAUAAAAAUGCAUAGAUCUAGUAGUAUAUGUGAUUUUUUCAUCCAUAAGAUUCAUGAGAUCUUUGCAAACUAAAGCUGAUUUUUUUAACUUCAAUCGACAUCAGGGUUAUUGCUGCAUAUUUGACAUGUUAAGGUUCUUUUCUGUAAAGUAAGAGGCUCAUGACACUUUAAAUAACUUGACAACAUAUAUUACAAUAUUAUGUUUCCAAUUUUCAUUAAUAAAAUCUGAUGACAUGUUUUCAAAGACGUGCAGAUUUAAAGGUUCGUUUGUAUAUCGUUUUGCGUGAUUUGUAUAAACACAUCGAAUGUAUUGAUAAACUAAUCACAACCUUGUUUUACUUAUCAACGUCGAAAAUAAAUAUUUGUUUUGCAUUUAAAUGUGUGUGAUAAAUGAUUUUAGCAAGAUUAAAGUUAGUGCUUCA